AUGGAGACGAACACCAACGGAAGAAAGCCAAUCGAAGAAGUGAGCUCCUCUACGGAGCAACUGGCGAACCAGAAAUCGAUAGCAAAUUUGACAUCCGUAGAUAACAUACAGAAUGAGCAAAUUAACGUCGACGAAAACAAGUACAAUUAUUUUAAUUACACACAGAGUGAGACCCUCUUGAAGAAUCAAAUCCACUCGAUCGCCAACGUACGCACAGAUACACAGGAGAGGAACAUCUUCAGCGAGCAUAAUUUGAACCACCCCUGCAUCGACCGCUUUCAGGUUAAUUUAUCUGGCCAGGACAGGGGGGGUGCCGACGGGGGGGAGGCCGAUAACGACUACACAGACGCGGAGGUGCAGAUGAGGAACCAACAGGACAUUUUAAAAAUACUGGAAGAUGAGGAUGCACACCUGGGGUUGGGGGGCGCUCCCGGGUUGGCAGGCCCCCCUGGGAUGGCAGACGCUCCCGGGAUGGUAGACCCCCCUCUGAUGGCAGACUCCCCUCUGAUGGGAGUCCACUCGGGGGAGAGCCUAUUAGGAAAUGCUGGUGACGCGGAAAACGGGAAGAAUGACUCGAUGGAAAUUGGCGGAGAGGCCCCAAAGGGGGGGCUGCUCAAAGAAGGCGAGGUGAAUGAAGACCCCCUGGCUAGGAGCAGCCACCACGAAGUUGCCUGCAGUGGUGAGGAGCACCCAGCGGGGGGAGCACCAACAGCAACCGAAGCGGGAGCAGCAGAGGGAGUAGCAGCUGGAGUAGCAGUGGCAGGGGCAGACCCCACCCAGGGGGACGGCCAACCGCCGAGCCACAUCCAUGCUCCUGAAGAAAAGGCCGAAAUUGAUGUAAUUCUGAGCAGGUUCAGAGGCAAAGACGGGGGAAAAGACGGGGGAAAGGACAAAAGCGCAGAAAGGUGCAGGAGCAAAUACAAGGACAAAUUUUUGCGUCUCUUCCGAAAGGCGGCUUGCCCCAAUCAAGUGAAGGACCAACCCACGGGCAUGAACGAGGUGACCCCCGUUAAGGAAGGCGUGGGGGGGAGGCGCCGUGCCAGCAGCACCGAGGGAAGCAGCGGAGGGCCCUACAUCCAACACUACCUCAGUGGGAGCUUCAAUGAGUAUAACCGCGGCCACUGGAAGGGGGGCUUCCACGAGAGGGGCUUCCAAGUGAGGGACUUCCAACAGGGGAACUUCCAUCAGGGCACCCCCAGUGGGGCACACAUCCCGAUGCAAAUCCCAACAGGAGCAAUGCAGAGAGGGGUGGAGAACCUCGGGGAGGAACCCCCCUUCGGGAGGAAGAAGCAAAGUAGCGUGGACCCCUUCGAGGGGAAGAAGCAAAGUAGCGUGGCCCCCUUCGAGGGGAAGGAGCAAAGUAGCGUGGCCCCCUUCUGGAGGAAGAGCCAACAUGUGGUGCCCCCCCUCCGAGAGAGCCGCACGUGCUCCAUCAAGACAGACGACCACCUGACCAGGGGGCUGCCAAAUGAGUACACAGCAGGUGCCUAUUUGGAGGCACACAAGGGGGGGAUAGAGACGCUCGCCGCAAUGGGGGCAGUGGGCGCAAUGGAGGCAGUGGGGCCAUACAGCCCGGGGGAGAGACCCCCCCGGGGAGGGGAACAGAAACUGUCGUGCGAGUCAAUCGCUAGAAAGAUUUACAGUUUGGAGAAAGUCAAAUCGUUCAUGUCAAAUAACACUUUCUUAAAAGACAAAAAAGAUUUGCUGCAGAAGAGGAGACAGCUGUCGAAGGAGGUGAAUUUCUUUUGCCGUCACUACAACGUGCUGAUGUGUUUCUUCCUCUACAUAAUCUGCUUCGCCUUCGUUACGGCAUCUAUUUGCUACGACUCAUGGAAGGUGCACCAAAUGGAGCUAAAGUCUAAAAGCACCCAGAAGGCGGUGCACAUAGAUAUCGGUGCAACGACCAUUAGGCGUGUAGAAAAGGUUUCAAAACAAAACGGUGAUGUAACUCUAUCGAUUGACAAGGAGCAAACCAUGGAGUCGUUAAUAGCCAACGAAAUCUGCAAGCCAGUCACGAAGGAAGAAUUAGAAAAACUCCUAACCUUUUUGGCAUCUAACAAUAUGCUAAGGGAUGAACAGAACCCGGUGGAUCCCACAAAAGGGGAGCUAACUGAUGAAUUCCUCGUAGAUGCACUGAAAAACCCCGCACAUGUAGGGCUUCUAAACGAUCAGAAGUUGGUCUUAACAAGGAAGCAUAUCUUCGGGCCUACGAUCUACAACCUAGAGUGCAAAUUCUUAGCCAAGAUAAAGAAGGCAGGUACUUACCAUACGAUUCUUCUUUACGCAAUAUUAAUUUUUUUAUUAAUUCCGAUUUGCCUCCUCUUCCACAUUCUUCUGAACUACAAAAAGGGGAAGAACGUCCUACUGGUCAAAUACAUUUCCUUCCUGUUUGUUAACGUGGCUCUCAUCACGAUGAUCUCUUCCCUCUUCUCCGUCAACCGAGCGUAUAACAUCCCCUUGUGCGUCAUGCAUGAUGGUAGCUCGGACAUCUGCGAGGAUGGCACCUCCAUCCACUUGAUGCGCUCUUCCAUCAUCUUGCUAAUCUUUUCCAACCUCUUCUUCUGCAAGUUUGUGCACUUCGUCCGCAAGGAGGGCGCCAGCCCCUCGGGUUCUAUAGUCUGA